AUGUCAGUCGCGUCAGGAGCAGCAGUUCAAACAGCGCCCAAGGUGCGAUCUUUGUACCGAAAGCUUCUACGUCAGGGCGAGCAGUUCGCAGCUUAUAAUUUCCGCGAAUACGCCAAACGGAGAACUCGAGAUUCAUUUAGAGAACACAGAAACAUACAGGAUGAAAACCAGAUCCAGGAAUUGCUGCAGAAAGGAGUCAAGGAGUUACAGUCAUUGAAGAGACAAACAGUUGUUAGCCAAUUCUUCCAGAUGGAUCGAUUGGUGGUGGAAGGUGGGAAGACAGGUAAACAGCGUGGAGACAGAAACGACAUAAUGAGACAGAAGGAUACCGGAUGGGUAAGUGACGCACAAGCGAUGAUCUGGUAG